CUGCUCCCGAAGAUCCGUUUACAAAACACAGACGUCACUGUUUGGGCUCCGCCCACGCCAAGGUUUGAUUGGUCGGCGGUCUCUGCCUAUCAGCCGUGACGCUUGCACCCCUUUUACUCCGAGAGAAGAGUAGUUUCAAGAUGGCGGACGCUCGGAUAACAAUGGCGAGCGGGCGGCGGGGGCGUUAGGGGGAGCUGCGAGGCGGGAGAGAAGUGGAUACCGUGCGGGGGGGGGAAAGUGUUGCCAUUGUCAGAGGAGGCUUUUCCUCAGGCCGGGGGUAUGAGAGUGCUAUUCCCGUAAUAGUCCGGCUUCACCUCUCCCCACAGAUGGCGGAUUUUGUGGUCCCCCGACACAGCGCCGUGAUGGAGCGCCUCCGCCGACGGAUAGAGCUUUGCCGGCGGCACCACGGUACCUGCGAGUCGCGAUACGAAGCCUUAGCUGGGGAGAGGCUGGAGCUAGAGAGGCAGCAUACCUUCCAGUUACACCAGCGCUGCCUGCAGGCCAAGGCCAAGAGGGCCGGGAAGCACAGGCAGCAGGCUGUCUCUAGCGCCGAGUCCGGCCCGGGCAGGGGGAAUCCCAGCACUACCGGCAGCCUGGAUACCGACGGAGGCGGCGGCGGCAAUGGCGAGCAGUGUAGGAACAGCACUCUCAUCGCGCAGCUCCAUGAAACUGUUAAACGAAAGCUGGAUAAUGCAGCUUCCCCACAAAAUGGCGAUCAGCAGAAUGGCUACGGAGACAUGUUUUCUGUGCCUAAGAAACUGAGGCACGAUGAUGGACUUGGCGGUGUUAUUGGUUCUUCAAAUGGGAUGCCUCCGGUGUCUCCCCUAAAUCAGCUGGAUAACAAACCUCCCAGUGGAGACUCCAUGCAGUUAAAUGGGAACCACUCAAUCGGACUUGACAGCCACAGUAAAAAGUGUCUUCCCGAUGGCAGCCUGCAACUGAACGGUAAUGGAGACGCCGACGACUUUUCUCUUUGUGUGAAGCAAGAACCCGUGGACGAUCUACCUUGUAUGCUGUCUGGGGUGGGUGGUUCCAUAUCUCAGAACAACCUUAUGCCAGACCUUAACUUGAACGAGCAGGAGUGGAAGGAGCUCAUAGAAGAACUUAACAAAUCUGUACCGGAUGAAGAUAUGAAGGACCUUUUCAAUGAUGAUUUUGAAGACAAAAAAGACGUUGAUGCUUCAAACUCUGCAACGCAAACUCCUCUGGCUCAAGACAUACAUGUAAAGACGGAGUUUUCUCCUGCGGCAUUUGAUCAGGAGUCCCAUGGAUCUCCGCAAGUUAGAUCGGCAUCAUCUGGGCCUUUUGUUGGUGCUCCUUCGGCGCCUGCUAGCAGUGCGUCUCCAGUUGUUGGUGGUUCCCAGGCAGUGUUCCAGGCAGCUGCUCAGGCUGUGACCGAGCCUUCUAACCAGGCUAUAAUGCAACCUUCCAACCAGCCACCAAAUGUGCAGAGAUCUUUACCCAAUGUUUUAAUGCCUGGACAGGCUAAUCCAACUGCCAAAGAGAUGUCCUCGGCACAACAGCUUCAGCAGAUUGCAGCCAAACAGAAGCGAGACCAGUUGCUACAGAGUCAGCAGGCCGUUCACCAGACUAAUCAAAUGCCCAACUGGCCGCAGUCUAGGACGUCGCAGAGUCCUUUAGGAGUUCCAUACACAAUGGAAAAGCCAACAAGCCCCUCUGUUUACUCACAAGACUUUACCAAUCAGAAAAUCAUAAUGCCCAACCUAAACAAGAGUUCCCCUCGUGGUGGAGCCAAUUACAUGCAGCCAAAUCAUGUUAACAUUAUUGGUCACAAGCCUGCAAACAACUUAAACACGAACCCUGCGGCCGCCCCAAAUGCCAUGCUGGACUAUGGCAAUACCUUACCCCUUUCCCAUUUUGAGGUUGAUUGUGGACCUGGUGUAGUAAACCAGAAUAAACCGGGCAUGUUACCAUAUCCACAGCGUCAGCAGCAACAAUUGGCACACAUGGCAGAGGAACAGAACCAAAUGUUUCUUCUAAAACGCAAGGCUGGAAUGCAGUACAGGCCUUUAGUUCCGCAUAGCCAGGACCUUAACAUAACUACAAAUGUACCCCGUGUCCCAGUAUCCGUGGCAGGGCCCGGCGUGGGUGCACAACCGCCAGCAGUCUCUAUGGCAGGGAACCACAAUAAUGCUGCGUAUUUAAGUGGCCAGCAACAGGCAGUAAUGAAACAGCAGCUUCUUUUGGAGCAGCAGAAGCAGAGAGAGCAGAAGCAACUUCUUUUGGAGCAGCAUAAGCAGCAAAUCCAGAUGGCACAAAGACAGCAGCACCUCCUGGCUGAGCAGGAGAAACAGCGCCACCAACAGGAACAGCUCCAGCGACAUCUGACGAGACCUCCACCUCAGUACCAGGAUCAGUCACAGAACUCAUACCCUCAGCAGAGUGUUGGGCCAUUCCCAGGAUCCUCUACAGUUAUUCCUGGAGUGAAUAGUAUUUCCCAGCCUACCUCGGGCAACCCUCGGAUGUUUUCUCAGACGCAACAAAUGAUGCAGAUGGGAGGAGGUCAUACAGCUGUUCCACCAUUACCAUCUGGUUCUAACGCUCAAGACCGUUCCGUGUCCCAGUACCCCAGUCUACAGACUGUGCAGCGAGGUGGUAUGUACAACAUGGCAUCUGGUCUCCCACAGAUAGUAGGAAACCAUGCAGCGCAGAAUAACAUACCCAAUGGUCAACCACAGAUACAGCGACAGGCAAGUAUUGGUCAAGGCAACCCUCUCCCUGCUGGGUAUGGACCGAAUCCCAUGGGAAACGCUGGGUUACCACAACAGCACAACAAAUUGGCAAUGAAUACUGCUAUGGCCAAGGCCCAGAUUCCAAGAAUGCCUUCUGCCAUGUCUUCACAAAACCAAACAUGGCCCAAUCAAGGCUUGCAGAACAUAAACAGUCAACCCCAAGGAAAUAGUGGUUUGGGUGCGUUCAGUACUGCCAGUGCCACUUUUCAUCUCCAACAGACUCACCACAAAAUGGGCAACCAACAGUUUGGCCAAGGCAUGCCCCAGGUUGGUCUUGCUGCCAGUCGGCCAAUGACAUCCAUAAAUCCUUCUGUUACUGGUCAGAUGAUGCCAAAUAUAACAUCGCAGCAAAGGACAAACCCUGCAAGUCAGCAAUCAGCCCCUAAUCAGCAGGUCCUACCGGUGAUGAACCAGACUGUGGCGGAUAUCACACCAUUUAGCCAGAAUACUGGACAGCAGAUGACCAAUAGAGCUGGACUUCAUUGUAAUCAAAAUUACCAGGUUAGGUCAGCCAGUCAGGACCUGCCUUUUGGGUAUGGCAGUCAACCUGGCAAUAGCGGGCUGCAGAAUUUGUCCGGCGAUGCCGACCUGUUGGACUCUUUACUAAAAAACAGGACUUCCGAAGAGUGGAUGAAUGACUUGGACGAGUUGCUUGGUAAUCAUUGAUAUUGGGCUGGAUAAUUCUUUUACUCUUAUUUAGCUAACAACAUUUUCAAUCAUUUUAGUACAUUUUUAUAAAAAAUUAAAGUUAAAAAAACAAAAAACAAAACCAUAAUUGUAAAAUGCAUUCGGACCAAAAACCUAUGCCAUCGAGAUGUCAGUAAGGCUGGAACACAAACUGCGAUGCUGCUUAAUCUUUUCUAUUUUCUUAUAGUCGAUGCCUGGAGCAUAUAGAGGGUCUCUGCUUGUCACUGAGCUUGGCAGGAAACACUGAUUUUAUCUGUUCCGAUGCCUUAUGUUCUAUGCACAUAGGUGCGUGCUAGGUCUGCGGCAGCAUGAAUAUGUCUGAUAAAAAUGUCUGGUCACAUAAAGCUGCCCUUGUGUGUUUCUACCCUGGCCGGGGAUACCAUGUACCCAAUGUCGCUCUUUCAGGUCCAAUAGUUUUGACUGUAACCAGCAUUGUCACACUUUACGAAUACAGUUUUUUUAUAUUUUCCUUUUGGUUUUACAAGUGUCCUUUCUAAUAUAACAGUGGUCACUAAAGAAAUGUUACCACACAUUUAUUAAUUUAAAUGUUUGCCGGCAAAGCUUCCCUUACCCAUUGGGAAACGUGGGGCAGUGUAUAUGUUUAAUAAGCCAUUGCGACUGAUGUGGGUAGACUCCAUGCUAAGCUAGAGGCUAUGUCGUUGCCAGUAAACAGCAUGGCUGUUCUGUAGUAAUCUCCCUGCCCUGUACCAACCAAGGCAAGUAGCGGCACGGAAAUGCUUUUAGUAUGCACCUUGCACUUCAAUAUUACCCCUGUGCUGCUUUUGUAUGGAACUAAGGCACAAGU